CUAGUUUAGAUCUUAGAGAUUGAGGUGAGUUGUACUGACUGCAAAUAUCAAUUCAGUAAUUAAGAUUAUUAAAGUAUAUCUUAAAUAUCAUACUAUGCAUUGCAAAAAGUUUUUUAAAAAAUAAGAUGCGUUUCUCUCUUGAAAAUUAGAUAACCCAAAAAUGGCAGAACUCUUUAUGGAAUGUGAAGAAGAAGAGCUGGAACCGUGGCAGAAGAAAGUAGAAGAAAUUCUGGAUGAAGAUGAUGAUGAGCUGAUUUUUGUUGGAGAGAUAUCAAGUUCAAAACCAGCCAUUUCAAAUAUUUUGAACAGAGGUAACCCCAGCUCAUCUUCAAAGGGAAUAAAGAAUGAGACACUUACUCAAGGUGUUACUGAUCCAUUCAAGCCUACAAGUCAACACUGCAAAGAUCCAACAUCAAAUCCAGUGGCUGCCUUGCCUAGAUUUCAUCCUGAAUCUAAAUCUUCACAGAAUUCUGUUAUUGUUCAGAACGUGUCUAAACCUGUAAGUGUUUCUGAAACUAUAAUUAGUUCAGGGAUGCAAUGGAUAUUAUAG